UGAUUUCAAUCAUUUUAUGGAUGAUCUUAUCUGCUGGUCUAUCAUGCGUACUUUUAAUCCGGUCUGAAAAAUCUAUUACCUUACUUUGCCACAGACCAAGAUGCUAACCAACACAAAUGAGGUUGCAGCAACCAAUUAUGACAGGAAAAGUGAACUAAAAGCUUUUGAUGACACAAAAAAUGGUGUCAAAGGCCUUGUUGAUGCUGGCAUAACCGAGAUUCCUCGAAUUUUUCAUCAUCCACCAGAUCAGUACAACAUCAGCAAUACCUCUGAUUCAGAAGAAACCAAAUUCAGCAUCCUAGUAAUUGACCUCGGAGGCCUUUCCGAUCCAACAACACAAAAGGAGAUUGUUGCAAAAGUUGGAGAAGCAUCAGAGACAUGGGGCUUCUUCCAGAUAGUCAACCAUGGAAUACCCGUUGCUGUUCUUGACGAGAUUCAAAAUGGGGUACGUGGAUUUUAUGAUCAAGACGCUGAGGUGAAGAAACAGUUUUACAGUCGCGAUGACUUCAGCAGGCCUUUGCAGUACAAUAGCAACUUUGAUCUAUAUAGUGCGCCGUCAACUAAUUGGAGGGACACUUUCAUGUGUUACAUGGCUCCCACUCCAACAAAGCCAGAAGACUUGCCCCAAGUAUUCAGGGACGAAAUUGCUGACUACUCGAAGGAACUAAUGAAGUUGGGGAAGAUAUUGUUUGAGUUGUUGUCCGAGGCUCUUGGACUCGAGCCAAGUCACUUGAAUGACAUAGAUUGUGGUGAGGGGCUUCUGGUUUUAGGCCAUUACUAUCCUGCUUGUCCACAACCGGAAUUAACUUUAGGCACAAGCAAGCAUGCGGACAGUGGCUUCAUCACAGUCCUCUUGCAAGAUCAUAUCGGUGGUCUACAGGUUCUUCAUCAGAACAAGUGGAUUGAUGUUCCUCCUGUGACUGGGGCUUUAGUGGUUAACAUUGGCGAUCUUCUUCAGCUUAUAUCAAAUGACAGAUUCAAAAGUGUAGAGCACAGGGUACUGGCAAACCAUAGAGGUCCAAGGAUAUCUGUUGCGAGCUUUUUCUGCACAGGGAUGCUGCCAUCGACAAAGCUUUAUGGACCUAUCAAGGAGUUAUUAUCAGAAGACAAUCCUCCAAAGUACAGGGACACUACUGUGAGGGACUAUGUUGCGUACCGCAACCAGAAAGGCCUCGAUGGUAAAUCUGGCUUGUCUCAUGUCAAGCUUUGAAGGUUGAACUUGGAAAGAGAGGAGCACCGCGGCGCUACUCUUUGAAAUACAACAUAGUUUUAAACCAUUACUACUGCAUAUACUACUUGUUUUAUUGUGAGGGACAUGAACUUAUGAUUGAGAUAUAUACUUGUUGGCCAACUGCUUGACAAGGAUUUCCUAUGUUUAGAAAUAUGAUGCAGAGUUGUUGAGAUA